AUGCAAAACUCUUACCAGCAGACUCCCUAUCAUGGGAAUCAAUCCUAUGCGGCAGUCCCAUCCACGAGCUUGGAGCCUCCACAGUAUGCUGGAACGGACGUCGAGAAGGCCGCACCAGCAGAUUUUAAUCCAACACCAAAUUUUCAUAAAUCACCAACAAAAGACUCGAUCUACCUUCCCUUGAUCAAGAGACGGGUCGCGAAGAAGACAUUUUGGAUUGUGGUUGGCGUAGUGGCUGGUGUGAUAGUCAUUGCGAUAAUUGUAGGUGUAGCAGUUGGGGUUUCUAAAUCGAAGAAUAAUAAGAAGGGAGGCGGGAAGAAUGCCCAAGGGGCUAAAGGAGGCAAAAGUGGCAGUGGAGGGAAGGGAGGGUUUAAUUCUGGGGACGGAGAGGAUGAUGGAGGCGACGAUACUGGAACUCCAGAUGGCGGAAGCAGCUCUACCGAUCCUUGCCAGCAACUUGUCGAUAUCGGAGCCCCGUGGAAGGAUAUCAGUGACUGUCUCUACCAGCAGCAUUUAACAACCAUGGAGAUCAUCGACAACUUCGAUGGUUCUGAUGACUAUAAACCUUAUACGUACUACAACCCAUACGCAUCUACUGGUUCCACCGAUAAGCCCACUGGGGACGCCGACGAAAAAAGUAUCAGGCAUAAGGUUAGUCUCGUUUUGGGAAUCGAGAGAGCUGGGAAAUUACUCCAUGGAGACGCAUCAUCGUUCCAUGAGGGACUCGACGCGGAAAGCAAGGCUACUAUUCGACAAGGAUUCCAUCAACUUUCGAAGCCGUCUAAGGGUGCCGUCGGGGAGAAGAUUAAGUCGCUACGCGAGAAUAUCAAAGCGCCAAAGCAGCCUAAGAUAAACGAUAAGACGAAUGGAAAAUUAGAUAACAAAGCUCAUGGCAAGCUUGACGGAAAGAAGUCCCCGAAGCCGAAUCCAAAUAAAAUACCUGGAAAAUCGAAUGAAAAGACGCAUGGCAAUCCGGAUGAUAGGAAGGGUCCGAAACAGAAUCCAACUAAAGUACCCGGAAAAUCAAAUGAGAAGUCUCCUGGGGGUUCAGACGACAAGAAAGCCCCGAAACCGAGUCCAACCAAAGUACCGGGGAAGUCGAAUGAGAAGUCUCCCGGUGGCUCAGACGAUAAGAAGGCACCAAAGCCGAAUCCAAAUAAAGUCCCUGGGAAGUCGAAUGAGAAGACUCAUGAAAAUCCGAACGAAAAGUCGCCAAAACCAGAGAAUCUCCCUGGAAAGUCAAAUGAAAAGGCUCAUGGAGGCUCGGACAGGAAGACUCCAAGUAGGCGUGGGAUGACAGCCCGUGUUAUCGAUCUCAAAUUUGGACCACUCAUUGAGAUGGCGUAUAAGGAUCCCGAACACAAAUAG